UCAACUUUAUUUAUAUAGCGCUUUUUACAAUAGACAUUGUCUCAAAGCAACUUUAAAAAAUCCAGGACCAAGAGAUACAAAACCCCCUGUUGAGCAAGCUGAGGGCGACAGUGGCAAGGAAAAACUCCCUGAAAAUUACAGGAAGAAACCUUGAGAGGAACCAGACUCAGCAGGGCCCAUCCUUCUUGGGUGGCCUGGAGGAUACAUACAAACACAGAACUAAAUAAACUAAAAGUUAUAACUGGCAAUAAGUAAAUAAAUAAUAAUAGAGUUAUUAAUAAUAAUAGUUAUUAUUCAGAUCAGAAUGUAAUGAAGUCUGUAGUGAGUUCUUGUCAUUCUUGGUGCAAAUACUCCAGCUCGUCACAUCCGGCGGGAGCAGCAUCGUUUGCACAGUCGGCUUAACUUCAAUCCUUAACCUCGGCCGGUUAAACAGGUUUCCAUCAGAACCACCUCGGGGUAAAACAACAGAAACUGAAUAUAAGAAUAUAAGAAAGAAUAUAAGUUUUACAGAGAGACGCUUUAGACUCCGGCACCCCUAAUUAUUACAGCAUAACUAAAAGGGAGAGCGAGCAGGUAACAAGGUCAUGAAGGCUUUCAUAGGACAUCAGCGUCCAUCUCCCCACUGUCAUCAAACCUGAGUGAUCGGAUAAGAGAGGCAGAACGACAGCAACCCAACAUCCCUGAUCACCACAAGUUUCUAUGACCAAGAACCCCCAAGCUCUGCGUCUUUGUCUAUACUAAUCAAAAGCUUGGGUAGAAAUGUAGAGAGGUUACAAACCUGUUUUAUUAUUUCCAUCACAAUCAAAAAAUGUAAAGAAAACAUUGGGCUUUAAUUACUGUCAGUUGUUUUAACAUUUAAGGUGGGGUGAGAAUUCACGUCCUUGCCUCUGCAACAGCAACUUUGUCUGGUCUAAGUCUGUUUGAGGAACUAGUGUGUGAGGUGGAAGAAUACAGAGGGAGCAGCGUGGUCCUCUGUGCUGAGUCUGUUUGUAGGAAUCUGCUGCUGGAUGAUGAGAGGUCUCCGGAGCACACAGGGACGUUAAGCAUAUCCAAAUUAGGUGCAAAAGGGAAAAAAAGCAAUUUACGCUGUGGUAUUACCAGAGCUGAUGGGGCUCCUCUGCCACCCAUCAAAUCCAGGCUGGUCAGUCACAUGACUACAUGAACCAGUGAAGAACAAUAAUUAAUUAAUAAUCUUAGAUUAUUGAAGCUACUGAUUAACAGUUCUUUUAACCGAGGACAGAUUUUUAUGCUAUGCAACGUGUGUGUGUGUGUGUGUGUGUUCAUGAUUUUGUCUCAAGAUGGCAGGUACAGUUCCAGGUUUCCCAGAAUCCUUUGCUCCGAGCGCUGACAGCGUAUACUCUGAUCAGUUUGGGUUUUUUUCUCUGGACUCAAAUGUUCCUGGACUGUCCAAAGUAAUUCUAAACAACCUGAACAUGACAGACUACUCUGAAUACAGAGCUGCUCUGGAGGGGAAGGGUAAGGUGGGGUUCCGCUCUCAUAAGGACAUGUUCCAAAAAAUGGAGGAGACCUUUAAAUUCUGCACCUGCUGCUCCAAACUCCCAUCUGACCUUCCAGAUCCCACAAACCUCAAACGCUGCAUUAAGUGUCUGAAUGUCUACUACUGCAGUAAAGACUGUCAGAAGAAGGACUGGAGUCUUCAUAAGAAGUUCUGUAAGAAGCUGCGUAUGGUGGCUAUAGAUCGGCUGGUAGAAUGGCUGGUUCAUACAGGAGACUUGCCGUUACUCACAGAGACGUGGUCUAGACCUGCUAGAGAGAUACGAUGCUGGGAUGACUGGCUGUCCAUGCAGGGUGAGCUCACGGCCCGGCUGAAGCCCAUCCUGUCUGGAAAAAACAUGACAGACCUUUGGACCAACGCCUGCCGACCACGUCCAGAGGAGGCGGAACUUUGUGAAUCUGUGUGGCGUGUGUGUACUGAGUUCCUGUCUCGCUCACUGACGAUAGGUUUGGGAAUUCAGAUGUUUAAUUUAGACCCCUAUUCCCGACCCCUCACCAUCCACCUGGUGGGUGCUGGACAUAACGAGACGCUGGGAGCAAGGACCACAGAUCUGGAUGAACUGAGUCGAAUGUUUCCCAAGCAUCAGGGACUGGAGGUGGUCAUGGUGGGGCCAGAGGUAGUAAAUGGGCCAAUCAUGCGACCUCCCUUAAGGGCAUUUGGCCCCCGAGGGAGAGUCUACAUCAGCGCCUUCAAGGGCCUCUACCAUCAGUUCUGGGAGGAGCUUGUGGAGAAAGGAGAAGCAGCCAGACCAGACCUUGUGGUGGGAUUUCACCCAGGGUUUCAUGCAUCUCAGGGUUUAGGGGAAGGUUGGCUGCCCACGUUGCUGCUGCUCAGAGAUUAUAACAUCCCAUCUAUGUUCACCAUGUACAAUGAUGGCGAGCUGCAGUACUCUCUACAGAUUCUGUUGGAGUUGGAAAUGAACAUUAAGGGAACUGGACCAAACCCAUUCAGCUCCCAGAAACCCGAGCAGGUGCAGUCGAGCCCCAAUAAGGAGCCAAGCUACUGCAAUGCCUUUUACCUGAACUUCCAUGGUUUGCUGGAGACUGUACUGGAAGAGGACUAAAUCUACACAAUGUUUAAUGUUUUAAUCAUUACGAUCUUAGGAAGCUUUAAUCUACAUAAAUACACACUGAGGAAUUAGUGUUCUUCACAAACAGAUUUGUAAAAUACGUAUAUAGCAAUACACAGAGAUGAACCUUUAUCUACCAAAAUAUAUAAGGACCUUGUCAUCUUCACUCACAAUCUUGGAGGAGUAAUUUUACCCCUAUAGCCAAGCUCUGAGGGCCACACAAUGUCAGUAAAUGUACAUUUCUUAAUGGUUCUCCAUUAUUGUGCCAGUGAGUUCUAUCCCACACUGCCCUCUUCUGGACAUAUAGUUCUAUACAGUACAAUAUAGAGUUUUUCAUGUUGCUGAUGUUUACAAGCAAAUAUACUGUAAGUAUUUACACUCCUUAGUCAUCUCUUGCUAGAAUUUCCUUAGGAUGCAAACGCAUCUGGAUCCUGCUGGAACUUUAGCUGACUGGUCUUGAUACAGUUGUGUAAAUUCUGUUGGAUUAAAUGGGCAACAUUAGUAAACAUAAGUAAACAUGUGUUCGAGUGUACAUUGCUGUGUGGUUCUAUUAGGAAUGUAAAGAAACAAAAAUUAAAACUAAAGUUUAGCCAGAGAAAUGGAACAAUCACCACUCAGCGGGCGGAACCUGUCAUUAAGUUAGCAAUUACAAGCUGCCUAUUUAAAAUGAGUUCUUCAUUAAAUUCAUGUUGCUGAAUCAUAUGAGCGACAACAGAGGGCGACAAAGGGGCUUUUUAAAAUUUACCCUUCACAUUCCAACACAGAUUGAAUAGGCAUGUAUGAAGGAUUUAUUUGCUUAGAUUUGUAGUUGUUUAAAUGCUUAUUUAAAAAAAAAUUAUAAGUAAAUAAAAAUGAAAUUAAAACUGA